AUGGAAAGGGUAUCAAAUAACAAUUUUAACAAAUAUAUAGAUGAUUUUUUUGAAAUUCUCUCAAAUUUAUCCAAAGAGCCAAUAGUUGAAGAUUCUAUGCGAACUGCUAUUGGUAUUCUCAGUUUACACAGCUUUGGUUUUCCGGAUUUUCCCAAACUUUCAAUGAUAUUCGAUCGAAUUAUACCGCAAGUAGAUACCGAAUAUGUUCUUUUUACAAGUUGGGUAGCUGGUAGGUUAAUUCAUCAUCCAAAUAUUGAGCAAUCUCGCUACGUUUCCCAUUUAUUUGAUAGAGUAGUUGGCUGGAUACGUGCUACAGGCCGGCGAUCACGACAUUUAGCAGCAGUUCAUAUGCUUAGUGCUAUGUCAGCCAAUGAUGGCAGUGAUAUUGUUACUAAUUUUCUUCAAAUUCAACCUUUGAUUUGGGUUUUAGUCUCACAUCCGUCAGCACAACUAGUCAGAGCGACAUCAGAUGCUAUAUUCAUGUUUACAAGAGCUUCUAUUAGAUAUGGCCGAAGCGAGUUAGAAUCAAAUAUGAAUUUCUUCACAAUUAUAUGCUCGAGAUUACUAUCAUUAGAGUCUCCAAACAAAAUCUACUCAGCAUUGACUAUAAUGACUCAAUUAGUUCGCGCAAAUCCCGAUUUUUAUCUACAAAACUUUCAUUAUUACUUCAAAAUGAUCAAAGAUGCUUGCGCCCAUUCACAGCUUUUGGUUAAAUGCGCUGAAUUCGUCACUCUCACGUACUUCGUUUUCAUUGACAAAAAUCAAUUUAUCAAUAAUGUCGCUCCUUAUAUUCUUACGUUCAUGCCUCUUAUAUACAACGAGUUCCCACGUGAUAUCGCGAAAGCUUUAGAAAUAAUUAUAUGCCAAUGCCCUGAAAUUUACGAAAAUAAAUUAGAUGAAUUCAAAAAGCAGAUAGACGAUAAUACUAUUGAUAUUAACAGCACUGCAAUCAUUUACGCAGCCUUAUUCCAAGCUUACGGUACCAAAGCCUUACCAAUUUCAGAAAAAUUAGUAGAUGACACUCUUAACUCGCCAUUAACCCCCGAAGUUGGUAAUUUCUACAUAAACUACGCGAUCAUCAACACAAAAGAGUUCAAAGUUCCAUUAUGCAACAGAUUAUUGACAGAAUUGCAGAACACGAAGACGAAAUCCGCUCUUGUAGCUCUUGAUGUCAUAUCCAGGAUGCCAAGCGAAGCAUUGAUCGACCACGAGACAUUUUUGUGUCUCAUUACCGAUAAGAUCACAGAACACUCAGAAGAGUACACAUCCAUGAUCCCCAAAGCCAUGUAUCACCUUACCACAAGCUGUGAGUCAUUAAGUGGCUCAGUAAUCAAGAAAUUAUUUCAACUUGCAAUAUUUGAUCGAUCAACUGCAGUCAGGAACGCCAUUCUCGAAGUUCUUGUCUCGCAUGCAUCGAAAGAACUUGCAAGUCCUGAGUAUAUCAAGUACUUAAACAUAUUUACAUCAGAUGAUUCGGCAAUUGUUCGCAGCAAAGCCUUCGAUUUGAUUGCAAAGAUAUCAUCGAUCAAUCCUCUAUUGAUCUCCCAGAUAACUCGUGAUCGAAUUCUCAAUUAUUUCUUCACAUUAGACAAUGUACCGAGUAUUCGUACGAGAGUCAAGAUUGUUCGGACCAUGCCACAGCUUAUCAAGGCCAUAGGAAUGACCAUAAAGAUUUAUGCCCCUACAAUCAUUGAUAUCUGUUCAAGACAUAUUAUACAAGACGAAGAACGGUCCAAACUUAACAAUUUCCUUGAAGUAUCAGCUGCUGAUGAACUCUUCAGUGUUCUUUGCGAGUCAUUGGUCCUUGUUGCCCCUGUUGACGCAAAUUCAAUGUCAAAACACGUGGAAAGUGUCAUUCCUGCUCUUUGCGACUAUUUACGAGUCACAGAAAACAGAAGAUUAGUUCUAAGCUGUUUGAAAUUACUUUUUGUUUUGUUAUCACCACCAGCAUCGACAAUGAUAACAAGAGGAAUGGUUCCUGUCAUUCUUGGCGCUUGUUCGAAAUUCCUGAAUGUUACAAGAUCGAGAAAAGCGAGAAUGAAUGUUUUGAAAGUUAUCGGUGCGAUAGGAAUUUUAGAAGUACAUCAAAGGCCGCAAAUCAAACCAUACGAAGCACCUGAUUUCGCUGAAGACAACUUGAGUAGACAGUUCUAUCAUCCAUCAAGAGAUAACACAGGUGGUGUUGAUGAUACAUUGCUCAUGCAACAAAAUACUGCUGAACAAUGUGUAACAGCAAUUGUGUCUUCAAGUUUGUUGGAUAUUUUCAAAGAUGACAGUUUGUCAGAUUUCCAUAAUGAUGCAGCACUUGCGUUGGUUGAUGUAUUGAGUAAUCCUAAGAUGGGUGUUUUGCCUUAUUUCGAUAAAUUUGUUUCUAGAUUAUUAGAUGUCAUAGAAAAAGCAAGUGACAGUGAUUUAGAACAAGUUUAUAUUCCUUUGUAUACGAGAUUGAUUUUUUCAACAGGACAAAACACUUCACCUUUCAUGGACAGAUCUCUUGAUAUUAUUUCCAAGAGGUUUAAUCAAAAGAUUGCUUUGCAAUGCAUUGAUUUAAUCAUUGCUUUCGCUACAGUCAUGAAAGAUCAUUUCGUUAAAUCAUCAGCAAACACAAUUUGUUUGUUGAUUCAAUGUUUGGAUUCGGAGAAAUACACAAAUGAAAAGACUUCUAUAUCUGUUCUAGAAGCAUUCGAACUCUUCUGCGAAUACCAAAACGACUUGUCUUUCCUCAUAAUCUCGGCUGUUUCAGAUGCAAUUGUUUGCGAACAAACUUUCAAAAAUGUCAGAAUUGCUGCUUUGAGAUGUUUUGACAAAAUGGUCAGAUCCGUUGAUGUUUUUAAAGAUCUAGGACAAAUUGUGAGAGCUCUUGAAUUCUGUCUUACGAUGAAUGACCAAGAAACUGUUGAUACAGCCAUGAAUUUGUUGUAUUCUUUGUUAUUAGCACAAGGAAUUCAAUUUUUAAUUAAUGCUGAUUUAUUAUUGGAUUUGAUUAAAAUAAGAGGAUUGGAAACACCACAGUUAAAGAAUAUAAUUAACGCUGUUUCUCAUGGACAAGGAUAUUCCAAUUUCUCGCCAAUCAAAUCUCCUGCAAGUUUACCAAGUAAAAACAGGACAAUCAAUAACCAGCAACAAUAUAUUUUCUUCGAAGAAAGUAUUAUUGCAAGAGUUAUGUCUCCUGCUUUAGGAUAUGGAAUACAUUUGGAACAAUGGUUGCAUUCGUUUAUCUUGACAACUAUUUCAGGAAAUCCUUCGCCUUGUAUCAGAGCUUGUUCCACAUUGGCUUCUAAUCACAGGCCAUUGGCAUUUGCUUUGUUUAGAAUAGCUUUCUACACCUGUUGGAAACAGAUUUCGAGUGAAGGAAGAAAACAAAUUUCUGAAACAUUUUUGUCAAUUUUAGUUGCACAAGAAAAUUACGAAUCCGUUGUCAAGGAAUUAUUGGAAUUGAUUUUCUUCAUGAGGAAAAUGGAUCCUCCAAUGAAUAUUCCUGCACAAGACAUUGCAAGGGCUUGUUUGAGAUAUGGUUAUGAUGCUUUCGCUCUUUAUCUACAACAGAACGAAAUGUACUCUGAAAAAAUUGUUAAACCAAGAACAGUUUUGCAGUUAAUUGAAGUUUACAUACAGAUUGGAGAAUGGGACAAUGCACAUGCGAUUUGGAAGUUGUAUUCUACAAAAAUACAAGCGAUAAACAAACCAGAAACGCAAGCAAAGCUGAGAUUAUGGGAUAGAGUUAUUCCUAUUUACAAAGAGAAAUUCAAAAGAGGUGAUAAAUCUAAUUCAUUCCGUGGCUUAGUCAAAUCAUUGGCAUCAAUGGCUAGAUGGCCAGAAUUAGCUGAGUUGAUGCCUACUUUCAAAACAAUGCAAUUGGCUGAUCAAAGGACAACAGCUCCUUAUUUCGCAAAUGCUAUGAUGCACUUGAGAAGAUGGGAUGAACUAGAUGACGCUUUGCAGCCAGCUCCUGAAGAUUCAAUGAGAUGUUUCUCAUUGAAAGCAAUUUCAGCUUUGCACAUGAAGAAAUAUGAUAUUGUUGAUAGAAUCAUUGACAAUGCUUUUUCAUUACUCGCGUCAAGGCCAAUUACUUUGUGGGCUGACAACCAACAGAUACAUACAGACACGAUGUUAGUCGCACAACAAUUGGUUGAGAUCUUGGAAAUGAAGAACUGGCAGUUGAAUGAAGAAAUGCGACCAAGUAUCGAAGAAGUUUGGCAGGAGAGAUUGACAAUGGCACCAAGAGAUUUCGAACUGUGGCUGAAGAUAUUGGGAAACAGAGCGGCAAUCACGGGUGUUCAUUACGACUCAUACAUUGAUUUCUUCCAGUUGAGAUCAGUGACAAUGGACACGAAAAUCCACAUGAACGCAUUCAACGCAAUAUUCAGUGAAUUCACGGAAGACAGCGAUGAUGCAUUGCCACAGAUCUGUCACGCAGUAACACAAUGGUCAAUGGGCAACAGGAAAGAAGCCAUCGACAAAAUCAAGUCUCUUUCAGACACAGUUGAAGGAGAUUUAGCUGACAGAUGCCACAUGUUAUAUGCAUCAUGGCUCAUAGAAACAGGUGAAUCACUGAAUGAAUUCAAAGAAGCAUAUAAACAGCUGCAAAUGAUGCCUGCUGUUUCUGAUUGUUUAUUAGGAAAUCUCAAGAAAUCACACAGAAAAGUUUCGAACACAACAGCUCUCUUCCUUCCAAAAGCAAUUGUAAACGCAAUGAAAGAAGACUCAAUCAAUGUAAAUGUGUUGAGAAUGUGGUCAGAUGUAAAUACUCAAUUGAUUGAACUUGAUCCACCAAAUCUGCCACAUUACGUGACAAAUGCCAUUGAUGCAUUGUCACAAUGCUGCACGAUCAGUCCUUCUUUCACUGAUGUUGUACAGUUGCUGAAUCUCUUCUUCGACCAUGCGAAUGAAGGAGAUAUUUUCGAGCACACGACAAACAACUGUUUGAACAGAUUGCAGCCAAAACUGUUGUUGCAAGCUUCCCCGCAGUUGUUAGUUCAAUUAAGUCAUCCUGUGCCAGAAGUCGCUCAGUUUGUUCAUGACACUGUUUUCAAUUUGUUGCAUGAACAUUACCACGAAUUGAUCUUCUCAGUCAUUGUCAUGAAAUUCUCCAAAGACGCUGGAAGAUCUAAAGCGGCAUUUGGUUUAUUCGAUGAAUUCAAGAAGAUGAAUCCAUCAGCUCACGAUGAAGUUUUCACAAUCAGAAAAUGUCUUCUCAGAGCUGCAGUUACAUGGUAUGAAAAAGUCAUACAGAGAAUCACAGAUGCAUUUGACCAUUACGCAUUGCAACAAUUCGAUUUGAUGGUUGACACAUUGAGAUCGAUUGUUCAGAUGGUUAAAGCUCCGAAAUGCGCUCUCCACGACCAAUUCAAAGAGAGUUACCAAGUCAAUAUCCAAGCUUUAGAGAGGAUUCUCAAAGUCUUCUCUCCACACAACCAAGGACAAAUGAAUCAGUUGACUCUGUGGUGCAAAUCGAUGCAGGCAAGUCUGACAGAGGAUAUCAAGAAAGUCAGGAUCAUCCAGCUUUCUUCCAUCUCGAAACCUCUCGCUGAGAAAACUCAUUUCCAGUUGGCCGUCCCAGGAACUUAUAAACCAGGAAAGCCAAUCAUAAGAAUACAAUAUUUUGUCGGCCAAUUUUCAGUUUACAUGUCAAAACAACAGCCGAAAGAUGUUGUUAUUCGUGGCGAAGAUGGAAACUUCUAUCAGUACUUAGUCAAAGGCCAUGAAGAUUUGAGAUUGGAUGAGAGAAUCAUGCAGUUCUUCAGACUCAUCAACAAUUUCUUGAAGCGAGAAACAUGUUUUGGAGCUCAAGUCAUCCAAACAAUGUCUGUAAUUCCUUUGUCAAUCACAAAUGGUUUAGUUCAAUGGGUUACAGGAACAGAUACACUGAGAAGCGUUGUUGAGCAGUACAGAAGACUUAUGAACAGAGAUCCAAUACAAGAAUAUCUUUUGACAGAAUCAUUGAGUUACGUCAGCUUCGAUUACAUGAUGCCGAUUCAGAAAUAUCAUGUCAUUUCGAAGGUGAUGAAUAUUGUUCCAGAUACAGACAUUGCAAACUUCUUCUACUUGAAAGCGAACACAGCAGAACAGUGGCACAAGAGGACAGUUACAUUCUCCAUUUCUGCUGCUUUGACAUCAAUGGUUGGAUAUGUUUUCGGUCUUGGCGACAGACAUCCAAGUAAUUUAUUGAUUGACAGAUUCACUGGUAAACUUAUUCACAUCGAUUUUGGUGACUGCUUCGAACGAGCUGCGAAACGAAAGUUCCUUCCGGAAGUUGUUCCAUUCAGACUGACAAGGAUGAUGUGCAAGGCCAUGGGAGUAACAGGGCCAGAUGGAACAUUCAGAGAUGCAUUCGUAAACACUUCAAGAGUCUUGCGCGAAAACAAAAGAAUUUUGAUCAUGGUUCUCGCAAUAUUCGUCCACGAACCAUUGGUUGAUCCUAAAGAGCACAGGAGUGGAUCAUCGAACACAAAGACAGACCAGAUGUCAUUUGUCGGUAUGACUGAAGUCACUGGAUCUGUUAUUGACAAAGGAAGAGUUUUGCUUGCAGAACCAAGAGACAAAACAACAAACACGGAAAUGAGAGCAAGAGUAAAUCAGAAGCUGUCAGGAACAGAUUUCAACGAAAACGAGGCUUUGUCUGUCGAAGACCAAGCAACAAAGCUAAUUAAGAUAGCAACAGAUCCAUACAACUUGGCAAAGAUGUACAGUGGAUGGUGUCCAUUUUGGUAA